AUGACAGACCUACCAGCACCCGUAGCAUCUGAAGUUGUCGUUCCUAAACAACAUGCGCCAAACGUUAAAAGUCCUCGCAGCAAGCGUCGACAAUCAUCCGUAUCCGAGGAAGCCUCUAAACGUCUGCGAAUCUCCACCGAGGACAGUGCUGGCUCUCCAUCUACCUUACAUUCCUCUCCACAGGCUAUCGAUUCCUCGAAGCAUGAAUCGUCUGGAAAGGCUCAACCUCUUGGUAAUUCGCCAGAGAAGUCAAGAAAUGUUCAUCCUGAAAGGCGGAGGAGCAGUGUUCAAGAGGAGCGCAAGCGCGGCCAAAGAUUGUUUGGAGGCUUGCUGAAUACUCUCAACCAAAGUACGCCCAAUGGACAGCAGAAGAAGCGACAAGAAAUUGAGGCGCGGCAAAAGGAGAGAGCUGCGCAACGAAGAGCUGAAGCAGAAGAUAGGAAGAAGGAGAAGAUUGCGAAUCUGAAAGCGAUACGUGUGGUCGAGCAAGUGAAAUUCCAGGAAGGAUCGAUGCGAAUACGGCAUACGAAUGUGCUGGCUAUGGCCCAAUUUUUAUCCACGGAAACAGAGCCAAAACUCUAUUACAAACCAUGGCUAUUAUCACCCAGGAACGAAGCUACAAUCAAGGCCCAGGUCGAAGAAGCCGAGGUGUUGAUCGAGCAAGAGAAGUCUGAGUGGGCGAGUCGACAUCCAGAACAAGGGCUGAAGGCUGAAGAGAAAUCCGAAGUAAAGGUGACGUCUGAUGUGAUGAUGGGUGAGCCUCAUACCGAGUCUCCAUCUAUUUUUAACAUUGAUACUACUAAUACAAUUUCUGCACUUGCUGUUCAGUCCUCACAGAUCAAGACUGAGAAAGAUAAUCUGGAAGAGCAUAAUGGUGAGGUAUUAGUAGAAGCAGAAGAGGAUACUGUCAUUUAUUGA